CUUCCCGGAGACCUGAGAGACCGGAUGGCUUCCAUAGGAGCCAACUCGAGUCCAAUAUUUUGGGAAGAUAUUUUUAGAUACGAAGACAAUGAAGAAUUGAAUCACGUAGAAUGGAAAGAAUUGGAUAUGGAGAUAUGGAGGCUUGUCCGCCUACAACUAGACAGAGAUUCGAUCACUUCUAAUUGUUUUGACCAUUGGCGAGAUCGUGACGAAACACUUAACCGACAACCGGGUGGGAAACGAAAAACAACAAGGUGCAAACCUCACAACUUGGUUCGAACGGAACUAAACGAUUUUGAGACUGAAGACCACAUAGUCGGGCCCAGAUAUUGCGUGGUGGCAGAAAUCCCGUCUACGAUUAUGGUGGAUGAUGAUGUGACAGUUGUUCGGAACCUAUCCGGAUGUCACCUGAAGCGUGCAGCUGGCCAGAGUGUUGCAGAUACCAGUGAGGCGGUGGACGGUGACCCUAACUAUGCGAAGAAGGUGAUGGUCCUCGGUGCAAACGCACCGAAUGGGACUGCUGGUCAGGUUAACUGGUCGAGCACGGACCUCACAUCCGACCACAACCAGUCAUCUCAGAAAUCUACUGAAACCUCCCCGUCUGUAACUGCCACCUCCACGGUCGAUGGAGGUUUGAUCAACCCCAGUCCGUUCCUUACUGCUAACACUGUCAUGACUAGCCAUCCGGUUAGUACUACGGCAAAGCAUAUGAUGCAACACGACAAGCCGGCAUCAACCAGUCCAACGACCAGUCCGAGGCGUCUGCACGUUUCUAACAUACCAUUCCGAUUCCGUGAAGCUGAUUUGCGUUCUUUACUUGGGCCAUACGGGACCAUAUUGGAUGUGGAGAUCAUUUUCAAUGAACGUGGUUCCAAGGGUUUUGGCUUUGUGACAUUCGCGAACGCGGAGGACGCCGAACGGGCGCGGGAAAAUUUGAAUGGGCGUGUCGUCAUGGGGAGAAAGAUUGAGGUAAACCAUGCUACGACGCGAGUGUUAACGAAGAAACGAUCUGAUGGCCAGAAUGCUUUGAAAGGUUCCGCAUUUCCAAACACUUCUUCCAACAUUUCGAACCCAGUCUAUCAACACCUGAUGACUCAGGCUGCAGCAAGGUUGAAAGGGCCAGGACCGGCUACAGCAACUGCUGCAGUAGCUGCCGCCGCUGCCGCGGUAGCCAUGUCCAACAACCGCUUCCUCGCCAGUUCUCUUGGUGCAGCAGCCCUCCCCAGUCCACUUCCUUCUUUACUGGUUAGGGCAAACAACUCAGCUGCAACUUUGGGUAAUUUCUUUCCCAUAUCAAAUCAAUCCCAAAACCAUACUCCUUAUUUGGUGUCUCCUACACAACAAGAACAACGACUUGCGUUGAAUUCCUCGUCCAACCAGCAAACACAGGCACUGUUAGCAGCGGCAAUGUUGGAAACUUUGAAUCAGAUGCCUGUGGCCAACACCAGUAACCAGCUUCUGCGUCAUCCAUUGGCUGGAUCACCCUAUAUCGUCGACCCGUUUCUGUCGGCUUCCACGGGACAAACGAAUAGUCUUCCAACGAAUACAGCCCCCGGAAUGAACUUUUUCAACACAGCAACACUGCAGCCCAACGUACUGGGAACCGAAUCUCUACUUAGCCCGCAAAUCAAAUCUUGCAACUUGCUAAAUUCUUCGCUUACAGGGACGAAUGCAGCUCUACCGUCUGUCCCAAACGCGACAAAUCCUCUCCUAACGGCCAUGAGACCAAGUCUGUCUUCCAACCUCAGCAUGCCAUUCGUUAGCGGUUUGGCCGGUUCCGCGCUUAACAGUCCCAGCACUGGGAUGCAGGGAAACGAUCUGUCUGGCUUUGAUUCCAGGCUUUGGCUUUCAGCCCUUGGCAGUCAGAGUGGGGUCACAAGUUCUCUUUUGCAGUUGUGCCAACAGCAACAACAACAAAAACAACCGACAACUAUGCUGAGAGAUGCCAUGAAACCUAUUGGAUGUGACAACAAUCUAAAUCUUGCAGCGUUAUAUCGACCCCAAACUUCUACAGCCGCUUCAGAUGGCUAUCCAACGUCUACUGGCCCGGGUCCGGUAAAGCCCUCAGGAGCCGGUGACGAUGCAACAUCCACUGGAGUAACUUACUGUUCGGACUUGAUGACAACACAGCACACAGAUUCCCUAACUACCGCCGUUCCGGCCCCACCAACUAAGACCGGCUUCGGUGCUACGGCUGACCAAACUUAUAAUCCCCAAGUUGGUGUUAGCCUUUCGAUGCCUUCUGUGAUAACAUCUCUUGGAAUGCGAUUGAAUUCCGUUUCCGGGGGCUCAUAUCCUGGCGCUACCUAUUCCUUCAAUCUAACUUCACCACUCAUCAACGACAGCCAGACGCUAUCCGCCCUACUGGCGGGGACACAGACAACUCAGCCGGCCAUCUUGCAAUCUGGGCUUCCUUCGUCGGAAUCUUUCGGCGCUCUUUGGCCUCCUGGAUCUGGUUCGCCCAAUCUUGGCAACUUGAGCCAAAAUCUAAACACAGCUUUUGCCUGUCCCCUUCUACUGAACAAUUCUUCCAGUUUGCUAAGGUCCACUCAUCCCACACUACCUCGAUUUUGAACCAAUUGUGACAAGUCAUUCUGUCAAUACCGGGUCAAACCUAGGCUACUCCAAAGAAAGCUAUGGAAGACUGUUUUCCAAACAAGCUGCGCCACAAUUUAAAAACAUGGCUGUACUUCUACUUUCGUUGUCCUCAUCGUCGUUCUCUUUCCGUUUCUUCCCACUUUUUUUCAGUAUCACUUUAGUUGAAUUCUUGUUCGUGCCAUGACUAUUUUGACCAGAAAAAUACGCAGUCAGAAAGCAUGGAUGAUUCAUUUUGAUUUUGCGGGAUGAAUUGCUAAGCAUUCGUUCACUUGUUUUGUGUUUCGAAUCUUCUCUGCUAUGAAGUAAAUGCUGUUUUG